AUGGAGCAUGGAGACAGAGGGAUGGGUGCCUCUCAUCUUCAGUAUGAGGAAAAGGAUGAUCAUCAGUCCAUCUAUAUUGGCGUCCCAGUAUCUCGAGGGUACAGACGUAAACACAGACGACAGCGCUCUAAUCGAGAAACUCAGGACACCGACAGACGCUACAGUCAGCAAAGACUGCGUGAUCAUGAGCAGUACAGAGACAUGGACAUGGAGGAGGGACUCAUUGAUUCAGCUGAGCAGAGUCUCCAGGACAUCAAUCGCACAAUGUCACCUGCAGCAGAGCGACUGCGUUACAUCCUGAGUGAAGAUGAUGACGUUCCCACACCAACGCUUUUCACAGAGAUGGACACUCUGCAGCGGGAAGGUGAUGAGCUGGAGUGGAAGGAGUCUGCCAGGUGGGUGAGGUUUGAGGAGAAGGUGGAGGAGGGAGGAGAGAGGUGGAGUAAACCCCAUGUGUCUACGCUGUCCUUGCACAGUCUCUUUGAGCUUCGGACCUGUCUCCAAACAGGGACAGUGCUGCUGGAUCUAGAAGGCUACUCCCUGCCUCAAAUUGUUGAUGACAUCAUUGAGAGGCAGAUAGAGGAAGGUUUGAUCUCUCCUGACCUCAGAGACAAAAUCAGUUUUGUGCUGCUGAGAAAGCAUCGGCAUCAGACCAAGAAGCCCAUUCAUCGCUCGCUGGCUGACAUGGGCAAGUCCAGCUCCUCUGCCGGUCGAAACAUAGCCGCUCGAGGUGCAACAGGUCCAGGACCAGGUCAGGGCCAAGGAGCCAAUUUUAACAGAUCUACAGAAGAUCUUCACAUCAAGCAGCAGUCUGCUAACUAUGGCCGCCUGCGUCAUGCCCAGAGUCGGAGUAUGAACGAUAUUGCAGAUACUCCGAGCCCAGACCAGCUUAAAAACAAAUUCAUGAAAAAAAUCCCCAGAGAUGCAGAGGCAUCCAACGUUUUAGUUGGCGAGGUGGAUUUCCUCAGUAAACCUUUUGUCGUUUUUGUUCGUCUGAGCCAAGCUACAACCCUGGGGGGCCUGACGGAGGUGCCUGUUCCCACCAGAUUCCUGUUUGUCCUCUUGGGACCACCAAGAAAAACCAAGUCAUAUAAUGAGAUUGGUCGAGCCAUAGCAACCUUAAUGGUGGAUGAUCUUUUCAGUGAUGUAGCCUACAAAGCCAGAGAUCGGGAGGACCUUAUAGCUGGCAUAGAUGAGUUUUUAGAUGAAGUGAUCGUGCUUCCACCUGGAGAAUGGGAUCCUAAAAUUCGUAUUGAGCCACCGAAAAAAAUCCCUUCAGCUGACAAAAGAAAGUCUGUGCUUUCCUUGAAUGAACUGGGACAGAUGAAUGGUACAACUGAAGGAGGGGGAGGUCUCUCUGAGGACACAGAGAUGCCAGAGCAGCAUGAACUAGGAGAAGAACUGGCAUUCACCGGAUGCUUCUGUGGUGGUCUGUACCUGGACAUUAAACGAAAACUGCCCUGGCUGCCAAGUGAUCUGUACGAGGGCUUCCACAUUCAGUCCAUCUCUGCUGUGCUCUUCAUCUACCUGGGCUGCAUCACCAACGCCAUCACCUUUGGUGGUCUCCUCGGAGAUGCCACUGACAACUACCAGGGUGUGAUGGAAAGUUUUCUGGGCACAGCCUUGGCUGGUACUGUCUUCUGUCUCUUCGGUGGUCAGCCUCUCAUUAUCCUCAGCUCCACUGGUCCAAUUCUCAUCUUUGAAAAGCUCCUGUAUGACUUCAGCAAAAACAAUGACAUAGAUUAUAUGGAGCUGCGUCUGUGGAUCGGCAUCCACUCCUGCCUGCAGUGUUUGAUCCUUGUGGCCUCAGAUGCCAGUUACAUCAUCAAAUACAUGACACGCUUCACUGAGGAGGGCUUCUCCAGUCUGAUCUCCUUCAUCUUCAUCUCUGAUGCCAUCAAGAAGAUGGUGGCUGCGUUCAAGUACUACCCCAUCAACACUGACUUCAAGACGGACUAUGUCACCACCUACAAGUGCGAGUGCUUGGCCCCAGACCCGAUUCCAAUGCCAGAUAACAGCUCGAGUGUUUCUGGGUUGAAUGUGACAGCUCUGGACUGGAGUCAGCUGAGCAAGAAGGAGUGUCUGAAGUAUGGAGGCUCUUUGGUGGGAAAGUCCUGCAAGUACACCCCUGACCUGGCCCUGAUGUCCUUUAUUCUCUUCUUCGGCACCUACUCCAUGACUGUCUCACUAAAGAAGUUCAAGUUCAGCCGCUACUUCCCCACCAAGUUAAGGAAACUCAUCAGUGACUUCUCCAUCUUCAUGUCCAUCAUGACCUUUGUCGGGCUUGAUAUGCUCAUGGGACUUGAGACUCCCAAGCUAAUUGUUCCAACAGAGUUUAAGCCAACUCGGUCAGAUCGUGGCUGGCUGGUGAUGCCCUUUGGGAAGAACCCCUGGUGGGUGUAUUUGGCUAGCUUCGUUCCUGCCCUUCUUGUGACCAUUCUCAUCUUCAUGGACCAGCAGAUCAGUGCCGUCAUUGUUAAUCGCAAGGAGAACAAACUUAAGAAAGGUUGUGGCUACCACCUGGAUCUGUUCUGGGUAGGGAUCCUUAUGGCCAUCUGUUCUUUCUUGGGUCUUCCAUGGUACGUGGCUGCCACUGUGAUCUCCAUUGCCCACAUGGACUCUCUGAAGAUGGAGAGUGAGUCCAGCGCUCCAGGAGAGCAGCCACAGUUCCUUGGGGUCAGAGAGCAGCGAGUGACGGGCAUUCUGGUGUUCGUUCUCACCGGAGUCUCCAUCUUCCUGGCUCCAAUACUCAAGUUCAUCCCCAUGCCGGUGCUGUACGGCAUCUUCCUCUACAUGGGUGUUGCUUCUCUCAGUGGAAUCCAGUUCUGGGACAGAAUCAAGCUGUAUCUGAUGCCAUCCAAGCACCAGCCUGACUUCACCUAUCUCCGUCAUGUUCCUCUGAGGAGGGUUCAUCUGUUCACGCUCAUACAGAUUCUGUGUCUGGCCUUGCUGUGGGUCCUUAAAUCCACUUUCUUAGCCAUUAUUUUCCCUGUGAUGAUCCUGGGUCUCAUGGUGGUCCGGAAGGUGCUUGAUGUGGUCUUUACCCAGCAUGACUUGGCGUGGCUGGAUGACCUCCUGCCUGAGAAAGAGAAGAAAAACAGCAAUGAUGACAAAAAGAAAGGGAAGGAAAUGGAGAAAGACAAAAAGAAGCUCAAAGCAGACGAUAGUGAGGACGAGGAGAAGUUCCACGGUUACCCUAACCACUCACCCAGCUCAGAGUCAGAUGUGGAUCGCAGGUACUGUGUUUUUAAACUGCAUAUCCCCUACAAAGAUCUUGUGUAUCCUGAUGUAGAAGAGUCUCAGUGGGGAGCACACUGCCAGCCUGCCAUCAGCACACAUGUGUUCAUCUAA